AUGGACGAUAUAACUCCUCAUAAGCGUGUUGCUCACCAAGACACAAGUUCUCUCUCUGAUGAAAAAGUAAAAGCUGGUUCUUUUACAGAAGACCAAGAGCGCGAGCAUGUUCGUCGUCAUAUCCCUGAACAUUUACGUAUUGCUCCAGUCGCCAAUGUAGGUUACUCUCCUCGUAUGUCCAAGAUUGCUCGCGACACAGGUGCCUUCUUCUCUGCCUGCCUCGCUCCCUUUAUUACCACCAUCCGAUUCUUGCAAAGAAGAACAAAUUUGACCUUCUGGAUCAUUCUUGCCAUGGUCAUUGGUAUUCUCGUCGGCUACUUUUCCCCUGCCGCCGGUAAAGAGAUCAAGCCCUUGGGUGAUGCCUUUAUUUACAUGAUCAAAAUCAUUAUUGUUCCCUUGGUCUUUAGUGUCCUUGUCAUUGGUAUUGCUGGUCAUGGUGAUGAUAUUGGAAAAGUAGGAAAAUUAGCCAUUAAAACCUUAAUCUAUUUCGAAUUUGUUACAACACUUGCGCUUGCGAUCGGUUUAAUUAUGGCAAAUUUGGUUAAACCAGGUGUAGGUGUCGUAUUGCCUAUUGGAGAUGAUAUCUCCGCCGUGGAAGAAUUAGCAGCCAAGGAAAAGACAUCCAUCACCUGGUCUGGUGAAAUGUUCUUGAUCAUUCCCGAAAGUUUCUUCAAAGCCGCUGUUGAGAACAAGGUACUGGCUAUCGUCUUUUGUGCAGUGAUGUUUGCCUGUUCCAUGAUGAAGGCAGAUAAAAAAAGUAAAAAGGUCAUGCUCAAAAUCAAUGAAGCUCUUUCUCAGGUCAUGUUUAUGUUUGUUGGUUUAGUCAUGAAUUUCGCUCCUAUUGGUAUUGGAGCUGCUUUAGCUGCCACAGUCGGAGCCAAUGGUAUUGCUGUAUUGGCUAAUCUCGGUAAACUUAUCGGUUGUGUGUAUGCUUCUUUGGUUAUCUUUUUGAUUAUCGUUUUAAUGCCCGUCAUGCUUAUUGCCAAAAUUCCCGUGGUUGGUUUCUUCAAAGCCAUUGCUCAGCCUUGGUUACUUGCGUUCAGUUCUGCAUCCAGUGAAUCUGCCCUACCCUUAGCUUUUGAAAAAAUGCGUGAGUUUGGUUGUACAAACGCACUCACAGGUUUUGUUAUUCCCUGGUAA